AUGGCAUCAAUCUCCCUCUUAAUAGCUGCUGCUUCUUUUGUUUUUGUUGCUUUGCUUCUCUCCAUGUUCUUGAUUUUUCAGCAUCUCAGAUCUUACACCAAUCCUGCGGAACAAAAAUGGAUUGUUGCCGUCAUCUUCAUGGUUCCUGUCUAUGCUACUGACUCAAUUUUAUCUUUGUGGAACUCCAAACUCUCUCUUGCCUGUGACAUUCUGAGAAAUCUAUAUGAAGCCUUUGCACUCUAUUCCUUUGGCACUUACUUGGUUGCAUGCCUUGGGGGUGAAAGGAAAGCAGUGGAAUUACUUGAAGAAGAAUCAAGAAAACAGACUAGGCAGCCAUUGCUUGGUGGGGAAGGGAAACCUAAGACAAAGCAAACAACAACAUUCUACAACUUCAUGUUCCACCCUUGUGCUGUUGGAGAGCGUAUGCUUACAAUACAGAAAUUUGGUCUUGUACAGUAUAUGAUUUUGAAGACUCUUUGUGCACUCUUAGCCCUGGUACUGGAGCUGUUAGGCGUAUAUGGGGAUGGCGAGUUUAAGUGGUACUACGGGUACCCCUAUAUUGCAGCAGUUCUGUUCUUCAGCCAGAUGUGGGCUCUGUACUGUCUGGUGCAGUUUUAUAACGCAACUCAUCAGAGACUUCGGGCAAUCAAACCGCUCGCCAAGUUUAUUAGCUUCAAAGCUAUCGUUUUUGCAACGUGGUGGCAAGGUGUGGGUAUUGCCUUAGCGUGCUAUUGUGGUGUGCUAUCCAGGGAAGAAAAAUUCCGGGGUGGGUUGCAGGACUUUCUGAUAUGCAUAGAGAUGGCCAUUGCUGCCAUUGCUCACCUCUUUGUUUUCUCAGCCAAGCCUUAUCGUCUCUUGCCAUUACCUGCGUAUGGGAUUGGGAAGAUCACAACUCAAAAAACAAAAACAUUAGUAGAUGUGGAAGAUGUUGAAGAUAAGAAAAAGGCAGCUGUUAUUGAGAAAACAGAAACCGAGGUCGAGGUGCCAGGGACUAGUGUGAAGAAAAGUGUUCAGGACAUUCUUGUUGGAGGUGGUCAACAAGUGGUUGAGGAUGUUGUGUUGACAAUUAACCAGGCAAUUGGACCAGUGGAGAAGGGCAUGACAAAGAUCCAAGAAAAAAUCCACCAAAUAUCAGAGUCUUCUAAUGAAAAGUAAAGCUUGAGGAGACAGA